AUGGAUUACUUUACCAUAAAGCAACAAUACUACACCGGGAACUUCGAACAGGCUCUCCAAGAGGUUGCAAAACACAAUAAAGUUCAAGAUGACACGUUGCUUUUCUACAAAGGAAAAUGUUUGGUGGCUUUGGGCAAGUACGAAUCGAUGGGAGAGGAUGACAUUUUGAGCAAUGCUUUCGAUAAAUACGCUGCUUUCCUCUCUUCAAAGAAGCUAAAUGAAUUAGAGCAAAUUUCCUCGGGAAUUGGAAGUUUGUACGUUUUGAACUUACUGGCUUCCGCACAAGCUAUUAAUGGCGAUUUUGACGCGGCAUUAAAAACCUGUAAUGUUGGGCUUGACUCAGAAGAGGAACACGGAAGAUCAGAAUUGGUUCUUUUAACAGUACAGAUUGCUUUGCUGGACAAGCAGUACUCAAUGGCAUCGGCUGUUUUGCAACACCACGCAAGCACACGUGAGAAUUACUCUAAUGAUGAUGAAAUUAUCAUCAAUCUUGCUGAGUCAUAUGUGAAUUUUGCAACUGGUAAAGAGGUUACUGGUUCGAACUUUUACUUUUACGAAGAAUUGUGCCAAACUUUUCCAAGUUGGAAGACACAAUUGGGACUCUUAUGUUUGCAUUUACAACAAUCUCACAUUCCAGAAGCUCAAUCAAUUAUCGAAUUAUUGGAAUCUGAGUAUUACCAGCAACAAGCGGAGUAUGCCAGAAUCUACACCCCCGAUCUGCUGGCGAACAAAAUUACCUUAACAAUCAUGCAAGGUGAGAAGGCUGAUGAUCUUAGAUCUGAGUUAAGAGAUUUAAAACCAGAACAUCCCCUAUGUAGAGACUACCAAGCGAACAACGUAAAAUUCGAUGAAAUCGUAGCUAGAUAUGCUUGA